CCUUCACUUCCACUCCCCGCUCCCAGGAAGCGACACGGCGGUUCGGAAAGCGCUCACAAACGCGCACAUCCACCAGGACGGAAAGAGGCGGAGGACGGCUAAUGGAGGCGAUGAGGGCGGCGGUGAUGACCGGAGGAGAAGCGAGGCUCCGGAGCUUGGGUUUGAAGCCGGAGCUGUGAGCGCUGAGGUCUGCCUUUAUUGUGUGCUGAGUGGCGCAGGAGAAAAGGAUGCCUCCGCGGCCGCGCACACGCCUCCCGCUCCUCUCAACAAACUCGAUCAUUUCCCGACUCGAAGCGAAUCGUCUGCCCUCUCAGGAGGAGGGUUUGUGGGUGAGGAGCGCGCUGAUUUCUGAGGGACUCCGUCCACCAUGCUGCCUGCUCAGGAUCCAUGAAAACUCUCAAUGAAAACAAGGAGAAGGAGGCGGAGGAGGAGGGGUCCGGCUGCAGCGCCAUGGAGGACAAGGAGAACAAUCUGAAAACGGCCAGGCUGUGGAGGGAUGCCGCCCUCCGCUCCAGGAAGCUGCGGAGCAACCUGCGGCAGCUCACCCUGUGCUCCAAAAACAACCAGAUCAUCCUGCCAGAGGACAUAGCCGACAUCGAGGCGCUCAACCUGGGAAACAACUCCCUGCAGGAGCUGCCGGACGGCCUGGGAUCCUCCCUGAACAACCUGCGCGUCUUGGUCCUCCGCAGGAACAAGUUCAGCUCUGUCCCUAGGGUAGUGUUUGAGCUGGGGCGGCUGGUGGAGCUCGACAUGAGCCACAACUGUUUGAGGAGCCUUCCUGAGGGCGUGGGGCAGCUGAGAGGGCUGAAGAAGUUGUGCAUCAGUCACAACAAAAUCCAGCACCUGCCGGCUCAGAUCGGAGCUCUGCAGUCUUUGGAGGAGCUCGACAUGAGCUUCAAUGACCUGCAUGACUUCCCCAGGUCGUUCUCCGGCCUCGCCCGCCUGCGAACUCUGGACGCAGAUCACAACAAGCUGAACCAGUUCCCCCCCGAGAUCAUGGCCCUCGGUGAGCUGGAGGAGCUUGACUGCUCUGGGAACAAGUUCGAGGUGUUACCAGCGGACGUUUGGAAGCUGCAGUCCAUCAAAAUCCUGUGGCUCAGCAGCCUCCACAUGUCCUCCUUACCCCACACUUUCUGUCACCUGCAGCACCUGGAGAGCCUGAUGUUGGACGGGAACCACCUCACAGAGCUGCCCCCCUCCUUCGGCAACCUGCAAAGUCUCAAAAUGAUCAAUCUGUCCUCAAAUGACUUUGAAAACUUUCCCCAGGUUAUUUUGAGCAUAAUGGGAUUAGAGGAGCUUUACCUGAGCAGGAAUAGACUGAUUCAUAUUCCAGAGGAAAUCGGCCAGCUGGGGAAGCUGGUGAACCUGUGGCUGGACAAUAACAGCAUCACAUAUCUGCCUGACUCCAUCGUGGAGCUGGAGAAUCUGGAGGAGCUCGUUUUACAGGGUAACCAAAUAGCCAUUCUUCCAGAUAAUUUUGGAAAGCUUUCCAAAGUGAACAUUUGGAAAGUGAAGGAUAACCCUCUGAUCCAGCCACCGUACGAGGUGUGCAUGAAGGGAAUCCCAUACAUCGCAGUGUAUCAGAAGGAGCUUGCGCACUCUCAGUUUGCCGUGAAGCCGCGGCUCAAACUGGUCCUGAUGGGGACCCAAAACGCAGGGAAAACCCGACUGAGGCAGAGCCUGGUGAGCACGCAGCAGGACGCUAGCAGUAACCAGGGAAACAAAGGAAUUGAAGUCACCAAUUGGGUGGCAGACGCUGAUCGCCACCUCACAUUCCUCGUGUAUGACCUGUCAGGGAAGCAAAACUACGACCUGAUCAAACCCUUCUUUCUCUCCCCCGGUGCUCUCUACAUUCUCGUCAUCAACCUCAAAAUGUACUCGCCCAAGAACUUUUACACCCAUGUUGGGUAUUUCCUCCACCUGCUCUGCGCCAAAGUGCCCCAUGCUGUAGUCUGUUUGGUGGGCACGCACACAGACCUGUGUGCAGAGGUGGAGGUGGAGGAGAAGACUCUGGACAUCCACAGGCAGAUUGGCCUGCAGGAGAAGAGGGACAUCCAGAGUUUAAGGGGGCUGGCUCUGCAGGUGGACCAGGCUCUGGAGCAGGGCUACAACGUCCGCACCUCCAGCCCUCACGUCCUCUUUUACGGUGUCACUGACAAGAACCUGAGGCGCCGAAAAGCCCAGCUGCAGUACAUGCUGAACCACCGGCUGCAGAUCCUCUCUCCUGUCCUGAGAGUUAGCAGCACAGGUGCUCAGAGGAACAUCCCAAGGCUGAGAGAGAAGCUCAUGUCCGUUGCAGAACACAGGGAGAUUUUCCCCAACCUCCAUCGUGUGCUGCCAAAGUCCUGGCAGAUGCUGGAGGAGCUGCACUUUAAGCCCAAAGACCUGUGGCUCUCGUGGUGGGACUCAGCCCGCCUGGGCCUGCAGGCGGGGCUCACCGAGGACCGGCUGCAGAGCGCUUUAUCCUACCUGCACGAGAGCGGGAAGCUGCUCUACUUUGAGGACAGCCUCACACUGAAGGAAUAUGUUUUUCACAAUCUUCCACGAUUCAUCGCAAUUCUCAAUGUGUUCUUCCAGAGGGAUGAGUCCACCCUGCUGGACCGGCUCCUCUCUGAGGGGGAGAGAGGGGACAAGGGGAGGGUGAGUCUGGUCAUAGAGGAUGAGAAGGGAGAGAACCUCAGGGUCACCCAUCUGCAGCACCACGUUGAGGGCUUCCUCCAGCAUGGACUCUUACCCUCUAAUGUCAUCCGCUUGCUCCUCAGACCGCUCAUCCAGACCCAGCAGGACCUCCACCUCAUCAUGGAGCUACUGGAGAAGAUGGGGAUCUGCUAUUGCAUCAACAAACCCCGCAGCAAGCCUCUGAAUGGCGCGACUGUGUGGUACAAGUUCCCCAGCUACGUCAGCAGCGAGGAGGUCCAGGUGGAUGCUUCAGCCGGCGGGAGCUCUCUGCCUCUGUGUAACUUCUUCUCCGUGGAGCAGCUGCACAUCCAGUACAGUUUCCCUUUCCUGUUUCCUCCUGGACUGUUCGCACGCUUCAGCGUGCAGAUCAACAGCCACGUGGUGCAGCGUUCAGACGGCAAGCACCAGAUCUUCGCCUAUCGGGGUAAAGUUCCCGUGGUGAUCAGCCACCGGCCUGCCAAAGGAAAGCUGCAGGUGGAGACUCUUUCCAUCGCCAGCCACGCCUCACUGCCCAACAUCUGGACUGCCUGGCAGGCCAUCACCCCACUGGUGGAGGAGCUGAACAUGCUGCUGCAGGAGUGGCCCGGUCUGCACUACUCUGUACAUGUUCUCUGUUCCAAGUGCCUCAAGAGAGGGUCGUCCAACCCACACGCCUUCCCAGGUGAGCUGCUGAGCCAGCCGCGGCCCGAAGGCCUCACCGAGAUCGUCUGUCCAAAGAACGGCUCGGAGCGGGUCAACGUGGCCCUCGUUUACCCCCCGACCCCCACCGUGCUCAGCCCCUGUCUCAAAUGAAGCCCCGCCCACCCAUCUACCCCGACCUGGCUCGUCUUCACUGCGUCACCAGAGCCUCCACCUCCGACCUCCGGCUUCCAACGUCUGUCACCUUUCUGAGCCGCCAACCACCACUUCGCCUCCUCCACAGUCAGAGCGAGCAGCUCAACGGGUCUCUGCUUCACGUGUACGUCAGUAAUUACAAAACACAGCAGCGAAGGUCUCUGACCCCUCUUCACGUCGCACUGAGCAGUAUCUGAAGAACUUCAGUGAGCUCGACUCGAUCCACACAGUCUGUAGCAUCUAAUGAGGGUUCCUCCUCCUCAUUCUCGUCCUCAGUCCCGUUACUGAGGCGCGCUGCUUCACACAUUUCUCUCUGAACAGUAACGUCCACUUCCUUCUGUGUGAAUCUACGGGUGUAAAGACUGAAGGACAUCUGGAUUUUCUGUUAUUUCAUACAGUGAGUCUGGGAAACUGAUGUUUGGGUCUCCGCUGGAGACACAGAGCGACUCUGAUCACGACGCGCUCUCAGGUGUUCGUGGGACGGACUUACCUGCAGACAGCAGGAAGACGGCGGUCACAGUUACUAAUGUGUGCGCACAGUUUGUCUCUGUGACAGGAUGACAGUGCAGACUGCAGGACUUUGGCCUCAAACAUGUCUCACACACACCCAAGCUCUUUGUUUCCAUGCAACAUCAUUUUGACGAUCUCUGAUUAUAAGCUAUGAAGCGGAGUUCAUUCAGCAGGAGGACGUAAACGCAGUUACAGCAUCAGCGCUGUAUCAAGCAUCAGAAGGUGUUCAUUUCACACAGACAAUGGGAAAUAACAACAACUCACACAUGACUGUGAGAAAAUAAUGGGAAAUAAUGCUUACCAGUGGGAAACAGUGGGAUUUAAUGGUUAGCAAUACAAAAGCAAUGGGAAAAAAAUGCAAAGCAGUGGGAAACAAUGGCUAACAAUGGGGAAAAUGGAUAAUAAUGUUUCACAAUUAGAAAAUGAUGGAAAGUAAAGGUAACAAUUACAAAACUAUGACGGGUUAAAAAUGCAGAAAUCAUGAAAAUUAAUGAUUCACAAUAUAAAAAUGAGGUUACUAGCUAACAGUGUAGAAACUGUUAGCAGUGCAGAAAUAAUGAGAAUUACUGUUUGACAAUUAGAAAACAUUGGAAAUUAUUGGUGAUUGGCUCUGUUACCUCUGGGAGAACGGGGAUGAGCUAACGGGGAAAUGCAUGAAAGUCUUAAAACCACAUGUGACAAAAACAGCAGGAAGUUCAACCAUUUUUCCUCUGGCGUGUUUUACCCCAUUAGUGACCUUAAUUAAAAAAUGAACUUAAGUUCAUUUAUGAAAUAAGUAAAUGAACAAAGUUCUAGAAGCUCUGAGAGCAUCAGGGCUUCGAGAGGGACAUUUAUUAUUUUACGGUCUCUCCUUCUCUGAAGUUCAUCAAAUUAGGUUCAGUUCAUCUCCCAUGAAACCCACGAAAAAAGCAGCACUAGCAGGACCAUGUAGCCGUUCACUGAACAUUUCUUUUUUCGUUAUUAUCUGGUGAAUAUAUGUUUCUCCUAAAACAUUUCAGACUGGGACAACAACAACAGUCACAUGAUCACAUAUUAUCAUGUGUGCAACUAUAAACACAAUCAGUGUUUAACCGUGUGACGUUUACGGCAGCGUAUAUCACAAACAUUAUUCACGACACACUGUAAGGGAACUGAACAGGUAACAAGACGUUUCAGAGUGAAUUUAUUAAAAAAAAUAAAACUUUUUUUUUUUUUUACAUGAAGAUGAUGAAACUGAUUUUUUCAGCCGUGAGAAACGGGAACGCUGAGUGUGGAGAUCCUCCUCUGACUGAGCUGUUCAAACGUUUCCACAGUGUGGGGUGUGCAAUGGUGUGGGGCUGCUGAGGUUUCGGAGCCUGUGGUCUGCACUCGCUCUCAGACACACUGUGAUGAACACACUGAUGUGAAGGUAGCAGACGAGCCUUCGGGCCGAGGAUGUGGCACGUGUACAGAUAUUUAUGCAUCUUCUAAUGAAACCACAGUGAUUUCUACACGUUGAACUUCUUUUCACUGUCUGAUGAAAACACUGACACGUGCUGAUGGGAAAAUGUUGUUGUUUGUAAAUAAUAUCUUUAUUUUUGUAUGUUGGCCUGAGGUGUCGCCACUCGAGCUUUGACUUUCUUUACAGUGCAAUGAUGUGCAUGACUCACUGUGAGGCUGCACACGGGGUUUUCUAUGUAGCUCCUUCCAGCGUCUCACAGUUCAUCAUGAAAUACCAAAUAAACACUGACUGCUUUAAUACC